CCCGAUCUCCAUCCCGAUCGCUCGCCCCCGCACACGGCCUUUUGCCUUAUCCUCUUCCUAACCCUUGUCCUCUGUCGGCAAUCGUCCUAUGGCGUCGUCGUCGUUCAAGCCGAACCCGUUGUCGCUGAGCGUGCCGGACCCCGCCCUCGACCGCUGGCUCCGCGAAUCCGGCUACCUCGAUCUCCUCGACUCCACCACCACAGCCUCCGCUGCCACCGCCUCCGCCCCCUCCACCACCUCCGCCGCCGCCACCAACCCCUCCUCCGCUGGCGUCGCUGCCGCCGUCCUCGCCUUCGCCCGCACCCUCGCCUCGCUCCUCGCGCUCAACCCCUUCGCGCGCCUCUCCGCCGCCGACCUCGCCGCGCCCACCCCCUCCUGGUCACUCGCCUUCCUCGGUCCCCCUGGCGCCGCGUCCUACUCGUGGCCCCCGACCCCCACGCAGGCUAGGCUCCGCGUCCAGGAGAACGUCCGGCGAUACGCGCGCAACUACGCCGCGCUCUCCAUCCUCGUCUUCGCAUGCUGCCUGUACCGUAUGCCGAUGGCGCUGCUGGGGAUGCUGGCUAGCGUUGCCGUGUGGGAGGGCGUACGCUACUGCCGGGACCAGUGGGGGCUCACCACCAGGGCGCCUGGGCUUGGGCAGGCUCUUCUGCACUGUGCGCAGAUUGCUACUGCUAUAGUACUGUACGUAUGCAACCUGCAGUUCGCUCUUGUGUAUGCCAUUGGAUUGAGUUAUGCAGUGAUGAUGUUGCACGCAUCUCUUCGUAAGCUGACUCCCACAAGCCUACCCAAUCCCGGUAAUAAGAACAGGAGAGCGCAUCCAAAACGGAGCUAGUUAUCGUCAGAGUUAGACCGCAGAUUGCAUCUACCAUUACAUAUUUACGUGUCAAACAGUACAGGUGAUGUUGAAGGCUGGAGAGACGUGUCAUCCAAAACUUACGGAGAUGGCUGAAUGUUGGUGAUCUAGGCCUUUUGGGGUAUAUUUGUUACGUCUGUUUUUUCAAAAGAAUCAUCCGUUGCAAUUCAUAUGUAUGUCAGGAUUAGUUUUAUUAUACAUACGGUGACAUAUAAGUGAUAUACAGUUCUAUAUUGAACAAAAUAACUUUAUUGAAAUAAAUACUAGAGUUUACUCAA